AGUCAGCUAGCGAACAUCAAAACAUACAGAAGAUAAAAAAGAUAAGCCGUUCGUCAGCGAACACGAGCGAGUCGAUUCUUCAUAGCGAAUAUUUCGUCAGUUUCCGAAAGAGAAAUUUGUUUACGCAAGGUCACAAAUUUGAACGCAAAUUUCUUUUUAUCGUGAAUCGAUUUUUUUUCUCGAUAAUUUUUUUUUUCUUUUUGCUAUUCGAUCAUUUGUGUUUAAUCAGUUUUCUGACCGUAACAUUUUUGCAUGGGAGUAAAUUGAUGAUCGUUAAAAAAGCACAACGGACAAUAAAUUGUGUGAAUAUAUAUAAUUUUUUUUAAUUAAAUUCAAAUAAAGUACACGUUUUAUCUGGAUCAGCGCGCGCACCAAAUAAGCUCCUGCUGUUAAAUGGAUGAUAUUAAAUAAUUGCAAAAGGAGAAAAGAGCAGCGAAGAAAGAAAAAAAAAACAAAAAAAUUAUUAAGAACGCAACGCAUUUUCACGAAUAAUAACAACAAUAAGACAAAACACACGCUGAUAUCGUUCGAGCGCUUAUAAUCCAUCGGUAUAUGAUCCAUACAUAAAUGCGACACCUGACUUUGGUCACUUCACUCGUCACGCACACCGUCACCAGCUCGAGUUGAGUCGCUUUAGCCGCUCUGCAAACCGAAAAAAAACCAAGAGACUUUCAAACACAAAUAAAAUAAUAAAAAGCAGCUAAAGAAGUAACAAACCGAAGAGAGAGAGAGAGAAAGAAAAACGAACAACUAACAACAUACAAGAAGCAUUUUUAAUCGGUUUCGGUGUUUGCUCUUUUCUCCUCGUCGUCGACCAGCAGCGCGACUAGAAGAGUUUGAAUAAAAUCGGUCAUUUUGUGUGUGCAUAUGUAUCGUUUUGUUGUACUGUGCCACUGCCGCUGCUGCUGCUGCUGCUGCUAAUCUUACACAUAUAUGUAUUCAGUUGGUUGGCUUUCGAGAGAGAGCAACCGAAGUACAUGAACGACUACAUGCAGACGUGACCGCGUACGAAGCGAAGCAAACGACACAUAUAACAAACAUAAAGCGACAACAGCAGAGAGCAUCGGAAAGAAAAAAGAAAAAAAAUAACAAUUUUUCUGCUCAUUUUCUGUCUCUGUCGACAGCAGCGGGCUGGUUUGCUCUCUGUCUCUCGUUUCGUUCGGGGCUGUUGUGCUGUGUACUGCUGCUGCUCUGUGUGAAAAAUACAUGGAUAUUUUUGCGUCACAUUGCCGUGGUUCUGUGUAUUCGUUUUGUGUGUGUCGCUGUCGUGGAAGCCGUCAUCAAGCGCUUUGACUGUUUGGUUAACUUGUUCUGUUUAACUUUAGCGCUAGUAUUGAUAAAUACGUUCAUGAGGACACCGCGCGCAAUUUUUUUCGCCGUUCGUCGUUUUUUUCCGCUCUCACAUCGGACAUUUUCCCGUCUUCAGUGCGAGAAGCAGCGAUUCCGCGGACUACAGCAUCAAACCUAACCAUUUUCGUAGUCAUAAAUAUUUUCGUUGAACUUUGAAGAGAAAACAAAAAAUAUUUGUUCAGUUUUUUCCUUGGUAUCGGUGAAAAGCACUAGACAAUUUUUGCAAAUGAAAACAAUGAAAUUCGUGCAAAAAAAAAUGUAACUGAAAAAAAUAACAACUUUUGACAAAGAAAAGUGUGAAAAUUUUUCGAAAGAAAAAAAAAUUGUUCCAAUGAAAGUGAUUGCUUGAUUCAAGUGAAACUUUGCAAUAGAAGAGUGAGAUUCAAAUAUUGAAAUAUAUGAAAAACACCAUGAAAAUAUUGUGCCGAAAUUCGUGAAAAAUCUACCAAAUGCACACUCGAUUUAGAGAAGAAAUAAAAAAAAACUACCGACUUUUUAAUACGACUGAAACCGAAAAAUUGUUAACAAUCAAAUUGGAAUAACGUUGAAACGGAAAAUCCAGCAACCGUUGUGAAUACCACCAAUUUUGCAACCUUCAAAAUAUUAGUUGACACCAAAUAAAAUCCAGGAGAAAUUAGGAAAUUUCGAAAAAAAACCACUUAAAUUUAUGGAUAUUUGGCCGAAUCGAAUCAUCAAAUCAGCUUGAUUGUUGCGUGUUGUUGGUGUCAAGUACAAUGCAACUGAUGCAUCAAUGUGCUACCCCUCUGAAUUGAUACUGAAGAAAAAUAGAGAAAAUAAAUGAGUGGCCGACAUCUAGACGCAUUGUCAGCGGAACAAUUCCAAAAGGCAAACCAAUCCAUAUCGAAUCUUCUAUCACUGCAAAAACAAAUGGUUAUGUCACCAAGUAGACGGUCUUCACCACCGCAACUAGCAUCACAUCCGAUGAAUAUGCACCUCAACUCAUUCGCUCAUUCGCAAUUACAUUUGACGAAUCAAAUGCACCAAAAAUUAGCAGCCGGCUUGCCGCCAAAUCAUUUGAAUCAAUUUUUGAAAAAUGCAUCAUCGUCGAAUGGUAACCGAGGUUCAAAUGACAGCACAAAUAAUCAUCGUCAUUCACCAAAUGCAAUGGCAUCAUUAGUUAGUUCAUCGUCAAGCCCAUUGAAUCAUCUACAAAAUAUGCAGCCGUUUGAUUUUCGUUGUCUUGGCGCCGGUCUAUCGGGAUUUCCGCCACCAUCGUUAGGAAAUGCGUCCGGAAGACUCAGCCCCGAUAUGGAACGAAUUGAGCGUCAUCACUUGCAGCAAGUGGCAGCGGCACAGGCGGCGGCACGACGAAAACUGAGUGAAUCAGCAAGUAGUGGAAAUGACAAGGCACUGCAAAAUCAUGCGGCUGGCCUUAUGAACAUGGCAAUGGCUGGGCAUCAUUUACCAUUUCCAUUGCCUCCGCAAUCAAAUGCACUGAAUCCAUUAGCAGCUAGUUUGAUGGCAUCGCAAUUUUCCAGCCUAAUGAAUAAUUCGGCAGCCGUGAAUUUGGCUAAAUCGAAAAGUUUAUUGGAGCAACAACAACAACAGCAGCAACAGCAACAACAACAGCACCAGCAACAGCACCAUGAAUCGCGCAAAGAAUCGAAAAGUGAAUAUCGUGAACGGAGCAGCAGACACGAUGACUCGAAGCAAAAUUCGAGUGCAUUGAAUCUGAGCCGAGAUUCGGGUAGAGGAAGCCCAAAGUCGAUGACAUCGCAACACAAUUCACGACAACGUGCACCAAUUAGCAUGAGUCAAUCGCAAGCGAAUCUGGCAGAACUUCGAAAAACACAUUCACCAGCCAAACGUAAUUGGGGAUCGUUGCCAUUGAAUUUGGGCACACAAUUCAUAAACCCGGCCACCGGAAAGAAGCGUGUUCAGUGCAACGUUUGCCUGAAAACGUUUUGUGAUAAGGGUGCGCUGAAGAUCCACUUCUCGGCGGUGCAUCUGCGGGAGAUGCACAAGUGCACGGUUGAAGGUUGUUCGAUGAUGUUUAGCUCGCGACGAAGCCGAAAUCGCCACAGCGCCAAUCCAAAUCCAAAAUUACAUUCACCACAUUUGCGUCGAAAGAUUUCGCCACACGACGGCCGCAGCGCCCAACCACAUCCAAUGUUGUUGCAAUCGCAAGGACUAUUGACACCCGGUAUGCAUCCAUUCAAUCCGUUCCCAUUACUAACGCCACCACCAGAUGUAAGACAUUCAUCGUUGGCCGGAAUGGACUACAAAUCGAAUGCAAAGUACAACGACGAUCAUAUGAAGAAUUCGAUGUCGGAGAGCAGCAGUGUGCACGACGAUCUCGACGAUGACGACGAUGAGGAUGGCAUUGUUGUUGUUGGCGAAGAAGACGAUCCAGAUGAUAUGAACAAAACAAAUGACUACGACAAUGAUUCGGUGGAAAAUCAUGGUGCGUAUGAUGAACCGGCCGAUUUCAGUGUGUCAAAGCGAAAGAAAAUGCCAAGUCCAUCGGAAGGCGACAACAGCGGUUUUGAGAGCAACGAUGAUUCAUUGAGCGUGGCUGAUUCACACAGCAACAAAGACGAUUCAAGUAUUUCGCACACGAAAAACAAACGCAAACGAAAAAGCCAAAAUCCAAUACGAUUUGCUGUGCCAAUUACAAGCCACAUGGACAGCAUGUCUGAUGAGAAUGACUCGAGUGACAUUAAUUAUGCGCGCAAAUCGAAGGCACAAGAUGAACCAGAGGCAUUGGUGAAACGAACACGAUCCGAAAGCGAUGCCGAAAGCACGGGCGAAAUAAAGAAACCGACAGACAACGGGGUCGAUGACAAACAUUCACGAUCACCAAGCACAACACCACCGAUUCGCGAAAACCACGACAAAGCGGAGAAAAAAGAAACCGAAGCAAAUGGCCAAAUCAAACCAGAUGAAGAAGAGCCAAUUGAGUCGAAAGAUGACACCGAACCACAAAAUCUAACAUUGGACUUAUCAAAGAAGCAAACCGACAGCGAAGAUGAAAGCCCAUUGAUCAACGAAAAUAACAAUAAAAUUGACAAAAUUAAAAGAGAAUUAUCGCGGCCGCCAAGUGCAUUACGUUCACCAAAGAAUGACAGUGAAAACGAUCACAAAAUUUCCGACGAAACAAACGCAAAAAAAUCAUCGGAAGGGAAAAAGUCUGAACGCCAUGAUUCGAUAUUGAAGCAGUACGAUUCAUUGUUGAAAAAUCAUAAUCCAUAUGGAAAGGGUGGUGCGGCAAAUCCAAUGAAUUUAUUCAAUUCAUCGAUGAAUUUCAUGCUGAAUUCGGCACCAUUGAGUCCAGCCCGUUCACCAUCGUAUUCGCCCGAAGAGCGACGUUCACGUCACGCAUACGACUCGGAUGAGAAUGUCGAAGAGUAUGAAAAUGAUUUGAGUGACAUUGAAAUGCCAAUCGAUAAAGAGAACCCACGAAAGUGCACGGAAUGCGGUGAAGUCUUCCCAAAUCACUUCAAUUUGAAAGCGCAUUAUCAGCAGGUGCACUUGAAAUUGCUGCACAAAUGCGAUAUUGAUGGUUGUAAUGCGGCAUUCCCAUCGAAACGAAGUCGUGAUAGACACAGUUCAAACUUGAAUUUACACCGUAAACUGUUGUCUACCUCAUCGUCCACAUCGAAUAAUCAUCAUCACAACGAUGAAAAUAACCAAAGCGCUGCAUCGAUGGCAAAUUCUGCGGCGAGUCGAUUGCAAACGGAAUUCUUGGCACGAUUGUAUGCCGAUUCGCAUCGGCUACCGUUUAAUUUGGAAGCAUUGAAAAACAAUUUCCCCGACAUGCAUCCAUUUGCAGCCGCUGCAACCAAUAACUUUUUAAAUGGCGAUUCACGAUUCCCAGCUACGGCUGGACAUCAGGCACCAAAUCCAUUUCUAUUUCCGCCACUGAGCGGUUUGGCCGGUUUUCCAAACUUUUCAUCAUUUGCACCACAUCUUCUACCUCAUCCUCUGAACGGUCUGUCGUCUUUAUCGCAGCAGCGUCGACAAUCGUCCGAUUCAAGUUCACCGUUGGCCUGUUCAUCGCCACGCGAACAGGAGCGACGCACUCCAAUCGAUGAAAAAACACGCAACAACAUCGAUGCUCGCUUCUCGUGACCACCAUUCGAUCAAAAUCCAUACAUGAGGUACUCUCGAUGGUAGAAAAGAAUAGAGCAGAACAGAAAAAAAUGAUUAGCGAUUUCAAUCUGAAUUUUGAGAACAGACAAUUAUGAGGCAUAGAGUUUAAAUUCUGAUGGAAAAAAGUGCAAUAACAUUAACGAUUUAAAAAUUUAUAGAAAUAUCAUCAUCGAAUGCAUACGGUUCAAGUCAAUAUCACACACAUUAUGCGUAUUUUAAGCACAUUUUGAACAAAUGCACCAACAUUUGCUUACAAAAAAAAUAAUUAUAAUAAAGUACUUCAAUACAUUUUCUUUUCAAUUUAAAUUUACAUAUAAACAAUAAAGGUUGCAUUAAAUCUUACUCGUACCGAAUGUUAUAAUGCGAUAAUUAGUAUAAAACACAUGAUUGGAAGGUGAAAGUUGAAGAAUUUGUCAUUUUGCAAAGAAAAGAAAAAACGUUCACCGAAAAUUAAUAGUAAAUCGUUUGAAAACUACUUAACAAAUUCAAUGAAUGUAUAUUUACAUUAGAUUAUAUGAAAAAAAGCACACAAAUUUCGUUGGAAUAUACACACACACACACACACAAAAUGCGAAGCCAAACGAAGAAAGAUUACAAAGUAAAAAACAUGAAAUACCUUAGAAAUGAAACGAAUCAAGCUCUUCAAUGAUUAUACAUCUGGAGUAUUAUUAUUCGACGUUUAAGUUUUCGAAAUGAAAUUUACCGUGGCGGUAUUAGCAAUCUUUGAGAUAUCGUAAACAAAUUUAAAGGAAAAAUGAAAAACAAAUUUAGCUCUUUAAUGUUAAGUACAAUUGUACACAAAUCAAGUAAAGAAGUAUAUCUGUCGAAUUGUAAGCUAACGGUUAAAAAGUUAGGCCAAGUGUUGGAGUCAAAUGUCGAUUUGGCCAAUUCAGCAAACAUGAUGGAAAAUCUUCCAAAUCGACAUUUGACUCCAGCCUAGAGUAUAAUAUGAAGGAAAAAGGAAGAAGAAUUAUAUGACAUCACCGCAUCAGUAUCUUGUUAUUUUAAGCUCUGGAAAUGAGAAUUAUGUAUAAAAUAAUCUAGUGUAAUGAACUGGCGAGGCUUCAAUGUAUCGAAACAAAAUGUAUCACAAAGAGAAUCAAGUGAUAAGUAAAUGUAUAAGUAAUCAACAGAACAUCCAUAGUAAUUUUUCUUCUCUAUAUUCAACAACAGAAAAAAAAACAUUAUAUAUUCAAAUAAUAAAGUAUACGAAAUGGAUAUUAUGAUCCAAAUUGAAAAUUCCAUACAUGCACACACACACACACUUCUUUUGAGCUCAUCUUUUGACCAUUGUCCAUACACCAUAAGUAAUCUUUUUGGCAGAGAGAAAUGCGCUGACUUUUGACAAUUAAACAUAUAGCAAACAUUCAACAACAGCAAUGAGUAGAUUCACGUUUUAAAUAGAUACAAAUAUUUAGCACAAUUACAAAUUGUAAUAACAUAACCACACAUACACACACACAAGCUGGUAAAAUGAACUUUGUGUCGGACAAAAAAACGAACAAAUCCGAUUUGAUUUUUUGCUCAAACUACAUUGGCUGGCGUAAGCUUUUCAAUUUGGAUCGAAAUUUAUGAAUAUAAAAAGAAAAAACCUACACACAAAAGAAAACAUUACAAAAUUGAAUCACCAUCGAUCGAACGAGAAUGACGAGAGAAUGAAUCCUUGUCGAUUUUUCUAACAUUUAAGCAUACCGUUUACGAAUUAGUGUUUAUUUAAAUUAAAAUAAAAAUUGAAAGAAAAGAUAAAUUUCAUCAAUCUACAUCAGUUAUCGUUACAAUAAAAAGCUACUUUUAUCGUCUAUCUUUAUAUGAGAAACAAGAAAAAAACAAAAAAACAAUGCAUAAGAACAAAAUUAGUGAAAAUCAAAGGUAUAUCUAAUUACUGUAUCCAAUUUACAACGUAACGUUUUAAGUAAUCAAAGAAUUAUUAUUGAAUAAAGUGUCAAAAUAAAUUCAAAAGAAACAAAAA